AUGUCCGAGGCCGCGCCAGCCGCUUCGACCGCUUCGACCGCUGCCGCCCCGCCGCAGGGCAUGCGGAAGAAUGGCAAGAACUGGCAUGCGCCUAAGAAGGCCUUCCGUCCCAAUGCGGGGUUGAACUCCUACACUAAGCGUCAGGAGGCCGCGAAGCAUCAACAGGCUGUCAAGGAGAAGGAGCGUGAGAUGAAGGAAGAGAGAGAAGCUGAGCGCCAGGCACACAUCCAGCGCAUCAAGGACAAGCGCGCCGCCAAGGAAGAAAAGGCCCGCUACGAGAAGAUGGCCGAAAAGAUGCACGCCAAGCGUGUCGAGCGCCUGAAGCGCCGCGAGAAGCGCAACAAGCUGCUCAACUCUUGA